UGUACUUGUACGCGAAUCAGUGUAUAUUUAUCUUGCUUAAGAAUGUUGGUUUCAAAAUUUUCAAAUAUAACAAUUGCAUAAUCAUUUAAAGUUGAACAUAAGGAUAUUGUAAAAGUUCUAUACGUUUAUAAUAUGUGACAGAAUUACCAAACGUACAUGACAUCUUAUCAUAAGUGUAAAGUAAUUUUACUCAGCCAUGGUGUCACCCAUAAAUCUCCAAGAAAAAUAUAACAAAGUUAGAAAAAGUUUCUGUUUCUAUUUGGACAUCCAAGAUCCUGGGCUAUCUCGAUCUAUAUCGAGGAGGUUACAAGACAUGGGUUUGCGCGAGGAAGUGUUCCUGACGCCUAGCGUGACGCACGUGGUCGCGUCCCGUGUGCCGGUGAGUGUCCGUGGCACGGCGCGAUGCGCGCGGCGUGAGGGGCGGGCGCGCGCCGAUGCCAUGCUGCAGCGGCUGCGGCCGGAGCCCCAGCCUGCGCCCCCGCUCACGCACGCCUAUGUACACCUCACAGUACAAAAGGCUAUAAGUCUAUUGGAUAAGCUAUAUGACACAUUCUUCACGGCACCGCGUAAAACGCAUGUCAGGCUCUUCAAUAAACAUUUUAUCAAGAUUGAGUUUUUGGACAAGCUGUGCAGACCCGUUUUCAAGGAGUUUGAUGAAUGGCCACAAAUAUCUUUGGAGCCUGAUCCUCCUAAAGUUAAGAAAGAAAAAAAAGACUCAUUAGAAAAUCUCACUAAUACAAUUAAGAAUACCCCAGGUCAGAAAAUGACUAGAAAAAGUCGGCCUCGAAUAAAGGACAAGGAGGAAAAGGAACCAAAGGGUGGUUAUUGUGAAAUGUGUAACACGGACUAUGUAGAUGCGGCGAUACAUCGGCGAUCUCCCCAACACAUGGCUUUCGUUAGAGACCAUACAAACUUUAUCGCACUGGAUACUUUGAUAAGUUCAGGUGCGGACGUAUCCACAUUCCUUGAUAAAGCCACGCCCGUUAAUGGUGAACGUAGGUCUCUGCGGAAACUCUGCAACGGAGAUUCGGAACCUAAGACCAAGCGCUCAAAGCGCUCCCAGUCUCCGGACUCUACAAUAAAUGGUAACAAAAGUCCAAAACGCAAUGGUGCUAUGGAUGAUGUUACAAAACGCAGCACCCGGUGCAGCAAGAGGUCCAGCGAGUCUCAGAUAUCAGAAGGUCGCCAGUAUUACAAAGUAGUCGGAGUGAGCACAAAAUUGCGUUCGAGCAGCGGUUUCGUAGCAAAAACGAAAGGUUCACCGACAGCUUGUAAUGGCACAAAACCACUAGUUGUUAAGUUUAGAAAAAUAAGACGUUCAGAAGUGUCUGUUCUCAGUGACGAAGCAGAACAAUUUAUGUUUCCAAAGCGAGCUAGUUCAACGAGCUCGACAUCGUCGGAAGAGCACGAAAGUGACGCGGAUGAUAAACGGCCAAGGCCGAAAAGAAAAACACCACCACAACCUCCGACAAUGAAUGAUAGACAGAGAUUAGCAAGGCCGAUAGCUCUGAAAGAAGAAUCCUCCGAGGAGGAUGGUUGGCCACUGCCUCAGCCUCAUAGGAAACGAAAGAAACGAACAUCAGUCAGUACUAAAAGAGGAAAAAGGUUGCAGUAUAAAAGUCCGGCAGCGGAUCCACCACCAAAGCCGCCAGAACCAAAGCAAGCGUCGCCUCCCGAAACCGUCGAGCCCCCAAAACAGCCUGAACCUGAGAUAAGUCCACUGAGGGAGGAGCUUUCAGAGAAAUGCUUGAAGUGGGAAGAUGGCAGACUGAAGUAUACUCCUGCUGUAGAAAGUUUAGAGUUCGCCUUUGAGUCUGUACCACAUAGUGAGCCAUGGUUCGAAACAUUUAAGCGUCAAGACCAAGAUAAAGUAUUAAUAAAGAAUUUGCCACAGUAUUUUGCUUUAUAUUCUAGAUCUCCAAAGUUACCAUAUGAAGUUGGUCAGUUACCAACAUUGAAACCAAAAUGUCCACCGCUCAGCGACUUAGCGAAGCAAGAAGAGAAGCCCGGACCCUCGCGGUCUUAUGGCACGAGAGGUAUGAAAAAGCAGAGGAUUAAAAAGCGUACACUAGCAUUAAUGGCGUUAGAACAUCCUAGGAAAUCGCCAAGGGAACACGCAUCUACAUUAGCAAUACUCGGGUCUGCCGGACUGCUGCAUCGGCGGAAACACGCCGAAGAUGCAAAGUCCACAGCUUCCGAGGACACAAUCAGUGACACUCACAGCAACACUAAGCUGGAACCGAUUCAAUCUGAAAGCCAAGAAGCCUCCGAGAGGAUGCAGCAGUUCUUGUCGGAAGUGUUCGAGGACGCGGCCGAGUACGACGUGUCCGAUGACGUCAUGGAGGGAAACACGACCGUCACCACCUCCACUAACAUUCCAGAUGUCUCCAGCUUAGUCUCCGAAUGUGAAAACUGUGAUAUCAUUAGGAAUGAAAUUAAGCAAAGCUCUAACACUGAGGUUAAGAGUAAAAGGGGUAAAUUUAAGAAAAAGAAUAAAACCGGAUGGCCCAGCAAAAGAAAACAAGUGAGAAAGAAUUCUCGAAAUAGCAGCAUGGAGACUGAAAAAGCGGAAAGCUUAGAUGCGUCUUCUAUAGAACCGCCUGAUGAUGAGACCACACAGGAUACUAUUAUUGAAGAUCAUAGCCUUUCAGAAACUGAAAAAAAUGAUACAGUAAUAGAAAAUACGGCUAAAUCUGAUAAUGAGUCGGAAGAAAGAAAAACGAAUAAGGUUGAAGAGAAAGAAUGCAAGCGGGCAUCCCGAUCAUCCGCGUCGGAAACGGAGGAGAAGGAUAAAAAUAUCAAAAAGAAGCGUCCACAGCUUGCUAUAGGAGACUGGCUGCACAUACGCGAAGCGCCGAAAUUUUUCAUCUGUGUAAAGUAA